ACUUAGGCCUAGGUCCUGUGAUAAAGUCCUAAUCGUAUUCGUAGGUCGGUUUUUGCAAAGGCAUUGGAUUAGAAGAGUUUAAAAAGCAGUUUAUUUCUGAAAAGGUUGGAGUAAGGCAUGUCACGACAAUCAGGAUCCGUCGGAAAUUCUUGGAGGUACAAGGCAUUACGAGGAAGACCGAAACCACUGAUUAUUCGACUUACUGCAGUCAACCAGUAUAUCACCUGCCACCUCUGUGGUGGCUACUUGGUGGAUGCAACCACAAUCAUUGAAUGCCUGCACACAUUUUGUAAGAGUUGUCUCAUUCAGUACCUGUAUACCAGCAAGCGAUGUCCUACCUGUGAUAUUCUCAUACAUGAAACCAACCCAUUCAGUAGUAUCAGGCAUGACAGAACAAAGCAGGAUAUUCUAAACAAACUCCUACCAUAUGUUGCAUCAGAUGAAAUAGAAAACCAGAAAUUGUUCUACAAGAGCAGGGGAAUCACUGCACCUCCAAAAGUUGAUUCUCGCACACCUAGUCCUUCGCCUUCACCUUCGCCUAGUCCUUCGCCUUCACCUUCCCCGACACCACCGUCUUCUGUCUGCCAUAUAACAGACACACACAUAUCCAUACUGCUGGAGUUUAUAGGGGCAUGCGAUGGCUUCAAGCGAAAGGGACAAAUUCCCAAGAAGUUUGUGCGGGUAUCUCAAGAUGCAUCCAUCAGGCACAUUCAGAGGUUCCUCAUGAGGAAACUUCAUCUCGGCGAGAACUAUGAGGUAGACAUAGUGUGCGGUAUGGACAUCAUGGAACCAGACCUAACACUAAGAAUGCUCAGCGAACAAGUCACAGAUGACCAGUUUCAAGACGGUUUACUGCUUCUUCACUACAGUCUGGUGGAUGCAGACGUCCAAGAGGUUUACGAUGUUUCGUGAGAAAAUGAAAGUCUCCAUGUUGUGACAGUGGAUGUACCUUGGACUUUGUUUCAGUGUUUUGGAUCAGGAAUUGACCAGUUUUCUUCAAAUCAGGUUUUGACAGUGGGCCCUUGGGGCUGAUUCUUAAAUGGUGCUCAGAUUUCCCCCCUCCCCUUCAUGCCCCGCCCCCGUCUCACUCAUAUCUGUGCAAUAUUCAGUACCGUCCGUCACCACAGUGAGAGUCUAUGCAUGAACAUGUACAGUUUUUUUAAGCUCUGGCAGGACCUUCUACAUGUCAUUUGGUGGUCAGUCAGUCG